AAGCUUUCUGUCAAAGCGCGCUGUCAGCUGGCACGGUCGGUCAGCUAUCGUGCCUGAAUCACAACACAACAAACAACAUACAUGUUGCGGUGUUUUUGAGCUGUAAAUCGCUCACGGGUACGGGCGGUUCUCGGCAAACAACACAGGGGGGCGUAUAGCGUAGAGCUCUGCUGGAUGUGCUGCGUUGGCAGAACGUCCGUGACCGGUGGGUAAGCUAGCUGUUGGACACGGGUUGUACCAAGCGCCGCGGUUGGGAGGAGCCGCUCGGGACGGGUGGGCGUACGCGGGAAUGAAAGUGACCAACUCGUCGACGGAGCGCCGCACCGCGUCCGAGUACCAGAGCGGCAGCAUCUUUCGCGGCUGCUCGGUCGAGAGUGGGGCGGUCGUGCCGAUGGCACCGUCCAAGCUCAACUACCGCGUCUCGGUGCUGACGUUCUUCGCCAAGGCGCACCCGAACGAUGAGUGCUGCGGGACGAACGGGCUGCCGCUGACGCCCAACUCGAUCGGCAUCUUUGGCCGGGCGCAGCUGCUCAAGUCGGACGCCCUGCGGCACGAGCACCUCUGCACCUAUCUGGACGCGAUACGGGGCAAGCACGAGCGCACGAUCAUUGUGCAGGAGUACGUCGGCUGCCCGCUGGCGGAAACGUUCAUCGGCGAGAACAACAAGCAGGAGACGCUGCUGCGCAUCGGCUACCAGGUGCUGGCCGCGCUGGCCCACCUGAACCGGUGCGGGCUGGUCUGCCGCAAUCUCGACCCGACCAGCGUGCUGGUGAGCCGGGACUUUGGCGUGAAGCUGUACAACUACGGCCUGUACCACAUGACGGGCGGCGGCCGGUACGUGUCCUUUCCGAUCGGCAACGUGCGGUACCAGGCGCCGGAGGUGCUGCUCGGCAGCCGCGCGAACGCCAAGAGCGACGUGUGGAGCCUGGGCAUCGUGCUGGCCGAGCUGGCCCUCGGCUGCACGCUCUGGGAGUCGCUCAAGCUGUCCCAGAUUGUGCGCAAGGUGCUCAGCCUCGUGAACACGCAGCACGCCGUGUUCGAGAAGCUGGCCCGCGAGCACAACCGGCUGGAGGUGUACGAAGCGAUGGACGCGGGGCUGCGCCGCAUCAUAGAGGAGUGCCUCACGAUCUCACCCCGCAGGCGCCCGCUCGCCAAGGAGGCGCUCGAGGAUCCGGUGUUUGAUUUUGUGCGGCUCAGCAGCAGCAGCAGCAGCAGCCCGGCAGCGGCGAGCGAAACGGUCGGCGGUGGGCAAACGCUGGUCGAGAAGCAUCUGUCGCUGAGCCAGAUCUACUACCUGUGGCAGCUGGCCGGUGGGGACGUGCAGCAGGAGCUGAAAAAGGAGGGCCUCAUCAAGAGCGAAGCGCCGAUUCUAUCGCUGCCAAACUUGGUAAUGCUGAACGGGAGAUCGAUCUCGCCGCCGAAAAGCCAAAGCGUCCUGCACGACCACCGCAUCAUCUUUCUCAACUUCGGCACGCUGCUCGAGCGGCUGUCCGGCAUCCCGGAGGAGGACUAUCUGCCGCUGAUCUACAGCACGGACGCGUACCUCGAGUCGGCCAACUUCAAGACGGUGCUGCCGCUGGUGAUCCGCGAGCGCGACAUGCUGUACCAGUUCCACCGGCUGGUGCUGCUCAACACGCUGCUGCACGGCUACCCGUACACGCACGAUCUGUUGCGCUCGUUCGCGGCGAAGGACAUACCGCCGCUGUGCCGGGGGCAGGUGUGGGCCUGCCUGCUCGGUGUGGUACCGAACGGGGCGUACGAGCGGCUGGACAAGUGCAGCCCGACGCACACCGACCGGCAGAUCGAGGUGGACAUACCGCGCUGCCACCAGUACAACGAGCUGCUGUCCGCGCCGGAAGGGCACGCGAAGCUGAAGCGCCUGCUGAAGGCGUGGGUGGCCGCCCACCCGCAGUACGUGUACUGGCAGGGGCUCGAUUCGCUGACCGCGCCGUUCCUGUACCUUAACUUCAACGACGAGGAGCGGGCCUUCCUCAGCCUGUACCGGUUCAUACCGAAGUAUCUGCACCUGUUCUUCCUGAAGGACAACUCGGCCAUCAUCAAGGAGUAUCUGGUGAAGUUCUUUCAGCUGAUCUUCUUCCACGAGCCGGCGCUCGCGAACCACCUGCACGGCAUCAGCUUCAUACCGGAGCUGUACGCGAUCCCGUGGUUUCUCACCAUGUUUAGCCACGUGUUUCCGCUGCACAAAAUAUUCCACCUGUGGGACAAGCUGAUACUGGGCGACAACUCCUACCCGCUGUUCAUCGGCAUCGCGAUACUGCGCCAGCUGAAGGGCACGCUGCUCAAGUCGGGCUUCAACGAGUGCAUCCUGCUGUUCAGCGAUCUGCCCGACAUCGUGAUCGAGUCGUGCGUCAACGACUCCGAAACGAUGUACCAGUUUACGCCGAAAAGCAUCACCUACCGCAAGUUUGCCCUGCACGAGGAAGGCCCGGAAGAGUUUGACCUAAACUACACCGAGGAGGAUCUGCGCGAGGUGCAGGCCGAGCUGCACCCGCGCAUCAGCGUGUACGAUCUGAUCCGGUUGCUGCGCGAUCGGCCCGCCAGCACCGCGAUACUGGACAUACGCAGCAGCCCCGACUACCGGAAGGUGGCGAUCGAGAACAGCGUCAACGUGCCGUUCGCGUCCGUCUCGCUUAAAGAGCCGCGGCUGGAGGCGCUGAACGUGCCGCGGCUGGAGGCGUACCUGCGCCGCCACCCGCUCAUCACCGUGAUCGUGAGCGUGUCGCACGAGAGCGCGAUGCUGUUCGCCAAGUUCCUGGUGGACAGUGGCGUCCCGUACGUGGCGGUGCUGCACCGCGGCUUCGAGGCGAUCUACCGCCCGGACGACAAGCUGAUACUGCAAACGUUCGACUACAUCAAUACGCUCGCGAAGCAUCUCACGCCGAUCGGGUCGUUUGCGGCGAGCGAGUAGUUGACCAGGAGUCUCCGCGAGCUGCAAGUGUAUAGGAAAGAUUAUUGUUUAUUUUGUGUUGGGAAGUAGGGGAUGGGAACCUCUACUUUCUGUUUUUUUUUUGUCUUUGUUUAUCCUCACAUUAGGCUUUUGUUUUAGAAAAGUUUUGUGCAAAUUAUUCCAAAACCGCGCGUACCCAUUUCGUAACGCCAGCGGUUUAAUGUGUUUAAUGAUUUGAUUUUAUAUUACGUAAGAAACGUACUCUUACCCCGUUCUGCUACAUAUAUAUAGGCAGCACACACACAUACACUCUAUUCGUUAGCUUUUCGAGUGUCGAAUUAUACCAUUGCUGAUCGAUACAUCGCAACUCAGAAAGCAACCGUCAAUCAGCAAUCGCAGAGAUUAAUGACACGUGCAAUAGUGACUGCAUCUAAAUACUCUCAACCAGCAAUAAGCGCCAUUUUUUUUGGAGCGGGAUCGAGGCCUUUCGCCCACCGGGAAGCGCCUGCUUAAAUCACUCAAAAACCGACCGUAAAACCAAAAC